UUAGACAUUUUAACGAACACCUUUCCCCUCCGUUUCCGGCAUCUCUGUAACCCUAAACCCUAAAAGCCCAAUUUCCAAAUCGACAUUUGAAACUAAUUUUUUUUUUAUAUGAAUAAAUAUUGCAACUUUUCUAUUUGAUGGUGAACGUAGAAAACAAAACAAAUAGAAAAUAAAUAAAAAUGGCGUCGAGCUUGCACCAAUGGGAGUCAGACCCUCUGUUUUCUGCAGCCGAAGUCGUCCAAGAUUCCGCUGACAGGAUGGAAUCGGUUUUGCGCUCUCUGCUGCAUGAGCUCAGUCUUGUUCAAGGUGACCGUCCAGACCCAAAGUUACAUGUAUCAAUAGAUUAUCGCAAACGCGAUCUUGCUACUACACUUGAAACGGCAAAGUGGCAGUUGGAGGACUUUGAAAGAGCGGUGGCAGGCAGGUCUCAAAAUCGGGAGGAUGUAAUUCCAAGGCACAAGCAGUUUAUCGGAGCCAUGAGGGAACAAAUACUUUAUGUGGAGAAGAGCUUGGAGGGAACACCGAUAGGGGAUCCCCUGCGAAAUACAGAAUGGGUUAACUUGAAUGAACAAGAUAGAGAUGGUUUGGCAUUGUUUCUUUCUGGGGGAAAUAACGCCGAGCCCACUGAUGGUCAAGAAGUGGAAGGACAGCAGUAUCUUGAGAAGAUUUCUUGAUCCAACCACAUCUAGUGCUAAAGACAGUACUUCUGGUAUCGUUGAGCGCAAAAAGCAGAGAAAUUGAGGACUUGAAUACGAAUGGAGUGGUGCAUGUGGACCGUGUUAUUGAAUCUAGAAAGGAGAACAACUUGGGGAAAGUUGGUUCUAUAACAGAUUCGGUGAAGGUGGGAGUUGGGACAUUGGCAAUACAAGGUUGAAAUCUGAUUUUACAGAUUCUUUUCCACAGACCUCUUGUAACAGAUAUGGAAGCUAAUGAAGCCAAACCUGAAAGCUUCAGCAGAACAAACGUAUUGGGGUUCUUGAAUACUGCAUGGAGUGUGUAUGGGAGUAGGGUCACUGGGAGCUAUACAAAGAGAUUUAAAGAUGGAGAAGAACAAAGUCAUUCCCCAUCAAUCGCUGAUGUUUCUCAUGGCGCCCAGGUUCAGCAUCAGGGGACGUGGUUGUAUAUGGGGAUCCGGACAAAAGUUAUGUACUUACGGACCUGGCUUGGUGUAUUUAGGGCAAGAUAUGAAAGAUCACCUCGUCACAUUCAAGUUCAGCGGCAUUCUAUUCCCAUGGUAUUGAUAAUACUACUUACGCUCAUUAUUUUAGGCACACUGGUUUCCGAGCUUGUUUAAAGACAUUCGUGGUUUGGGUACACUCUACAAUCUGUAUCUGCAAAGGGUUUUCUCAAGACUUUUUAACGUGGGAAGAACUGCUUUUUCGCCAUCUGACCCGCUUAUCAUGGUCGGAUGCAAACACUAUUCAAACCUGGAGCAAUUGUGCACCAUUGGGCAUCGCGUCAUUACUCGAGAUUUCAGACUGUAAGAUGUAUUGGUUUUGUGAUCGUCGAUUCUGCUACCAGUCUGCAUGAUUGUUAUGUCAAGAAUGGAGCCGUUGGAACCAGUCAAUAGUGGGUUGGUUUCAGCAGUGUGUAAAUUUGUGUUUUACUUGAGUUAUUAUGUCGUAUUUGGUCAGAACGGGGUCAACUGGGGUCGAUCCAUUGUUUUCCGGUCACCAUAACCGGAAUUCAUGCUAUGCUACAUUUUGAUUGGUGUGGUAGAUCCGCUUCAAUACUUGAUCUGGAGGAAAAUUGAUAGUCGCGAAAUAGUAUAACAUUGCUAUAGCGAUUCUCAAUUAUUCAAGUUUCCUGUAUAUCAAGUGUCGUAAUAACAACUGGUGCAAAAACAUUGCUAUCGUGAUUCUCAAUUAUUCAAGUUUCCUGUA